AUGCCUGCCCUUACCAUAGCCCUCGUCGCCGAACGGCGAUCAACUUACCUGGCGGAUGGACGGUCACAGCAGGAGUGUGCCGCCCUCACCCAUGACGGUGAAGUCGACGAGGUCGUGGCGGCGCUGAAGAGACUCGGUCAUACUGUCGUGCAGCUCCCUGGAAUUACCUCUCUCGUCCAGAGUCUCGCGACCAACCGAAACAAGGAGUGGGAUUUAGUGUUCAACAUGUCACAAGGAUUUUAUGGAUCCGCACGGGAGGCGCAGGUCCCAGCCCUGCUCGACGCCUAUCAGAUCCCUUACACCUUUGCGGAUGCCGCCACCAUGGCGCUGUGCCAGAACAAGAUCAACACGAAGACCGUACUGGAUCAUUGCGGUGUCCCCAACGCGGCCUUUUCGGUCAUCUCCCCCCACCAGCGCAAUAUCGAUGACUUGGUGCAGGACUCCAAGCACCUCGCCUUUCCGCUGUUCGUCAAGUUGGGCACGGAAGGGUCAUCGAAGGGGAUCGACUCAUUCAAUAAGGUCAACUCCACUGCGGAGUUGACCAAGGCCGUGGAGAACCUGCGGUCGGACUUCCCAGAUCAGCCGAUCCUGGUCGAGUCCUUCCUUGCUGGCCGCGAGUUUACCGUCAGUCUUCUCGGCACGGGUGAGCUCAGCCGGGUGAUUGGCGUGAGGGAACAUAUCUGGCAGGACCCAUCCAAGACCAGCCACGAUGGGUUGACCAAUGGAGAUAGUGCGCAGGACUUUUCGAGCUGGCAAAGCAAGUCCAGCACAGACUGCGGAUUGGUCGUAAAGGAUUACAAACUCAGCGAGACGAUCGAUCCCCAGGUCCAAACUGCGUGUCUUCUAGCUCUCGACGCUUGGACUCUGCUUGGAUGCAGGGAUGCUGGACGGGUGGAUAUCCGUUUUGAUAGCAACGAGCCCGGUGCCACUGCGCAGAUUAUGGAGGUCAAUCCCAUCUCUGGUAUGCUACCAGGCCAUUCGCCCUUGCCCGCAAGCGCUCAGAUCAACGGUAUUUCCUUUGAGCAGCUGAUGGCAGGGAUCAUCGAGAGCACAUUACUCCGCAUCAGUCGAAAGCCUUUGACGAACAUGGGCUCGGGGCCAUGUAUCUCUGCAUAG